AUGGAGCUUAAGGCAGCUCUCGAGCAUCCCGAGGGACCCGAAGCCUACGAGUCGUCUCUUCCCGUUCAUCAGGACGGUACUUGCAAUGGUCUGCAACACUAUGCCGCGCUCGGUGGUGAUUUGGCAGGUGCCAAGCAGGUCAACCUGUCGCGUGGUGAGAGGCCUGCGGACGUCUACUCGGGUGUCGCUGAUCUGGUCAUCAAGGUGCUCGAUGAAGAGGCCGCAAAAGGCGAUCGUCUCGCCAGCAUCCUUCUAGGCAAAGUCACACGCAAGGUGGUCAAGCAGACCGUUAUGACCACCGUCUACGGUGUCACCUUCAUUGGCGCUAAGAACCAAGUCAUGCGACAGCUCGCCGAUCGAGGUGAUGUGCCCGCUGAAGAUCUCUUUGCCGCCGCCAGCCACCUCGCCAAGGUCAUCAUGUCGUGCAUUGGCAACCUCUUCUCGGGUGCACAAAAGAUUCAGGAUUGGUUGAGCUUCUCGGCCAAGGUGAUCGCCAAAUCGAUCCCCGCUCAGAGACUUGAGGAGGCAACGCGACCCUACACCCCCAGCGAAGCCAGCUUGAAGCGCGCCGAUGCUCGUGGCUUCUCCCGAGACCCUGCCAAGGCGGACCGCAUCGUUAAGGAGCAGAUGACCUCGGUCAUCUGGACCACCGCCCUCGGCCUGCCCGUGGUUCAGCCGUACCGCAAGAGCAAGAAGAAGCAGGUCUCGACGGCUAUGCAGACCGUCUUCAUUCACGAUCCGCUCUCGAACUCGGAAGUGUCGCCCGCUAAGCAGGCCUCUGCCUUCCCGCCCAACUUCAUCCACAGUCUCGACGCCACGCAUAUGAUCCUCACCGCGCUCGAGUGUCACGCUGCCGGCCUCACGUUUGCAUCGGUGCAUGACUCGUACUGGACGCACGCUGCCGAUAUCGACACCAUGUCGGACAUGAUCCGCGAGACGUUUGUGCGACUUCAUUCGCAGGACAUUCUGCAUCGUCUGCGCGAAGAAUUCCUUCAGCGCUACGCAGGAUACAAGGUGCCCGUCGUCUCGCUCCAAAGUGCCACUCGUAAGAGAUCGCGAGCCACGACGACCGACGUAGCGGCCGCUGGCCUCUCGUCAUCGCCGAACGAGGCGCUGCUUGCGAUGCCCGAGGACCAGCUGGCCAAGCUGCAAGGCGAGAUGGGCGAUGUUGUGCUUGCUAGUCCUUCCCAGUCUUCUGCUGCGGAAAGCGAUGCCGAAGCGGAUGAGGGAUCCGACGAGCUGGCUGCCGGUGAAGAGGACCUCGCCAUCGAGGCCGAGCUGGGUCAAGACGUUGCUGAAGCUGAAGUUCCUGUCUCCAAAAAGAAGCCGACACGCAAAACCAAAAUGGACAAGGACGCAGAGUGGGAGACCAAGUUCAAAGCCAAGUUUGUCGAUCUCGCCGACAUUCUGCCGCCCAUCCCCGCCAAAGGCUCGUUCGACGUCAACGAAAUCAAAGGCUCGCUGUAUUUCUUCUCCUAA